AUGAGCAGCAAACACGAUCCAUCAUCACCUACUUUGUCUCGCCGUCCAAUCGUUCAAAAGGCAGCAAAAGGAAGGAGAAAGAAAAGCUUAUGGAAAUACUUUGAUUUUUCUUAUGAUCAUUUGAGUAAUGAUGCGACAAUAUUGUCGAAUGAUUCUAAUAUUGAUUUUCAAGAGUUCCUGCGUAGAAGAUUUGAUAUUCGUGAUAAACAAGUUCAUCGACACCUUCAGCAAGACUUGAUAGAACAUAUAUGGCAAUGUUAUGGACAUGAGAAUGACAACAAUUGA